GGAGAGAAAACUCGCUCCCUAGCUGGCAUCGGAAGCUGGAGCGCGCGAGGAGGGUCGGGGGGCUGCGCCGGAGCUCUCCUGCGUCGGGCUGGGAAAUAAACCCUGCGAUGAGCUGCUCGCCCCUGCCCGGCUGGACCAGGUGUUGUUGCCGCUGCCAGCUUCCUCUCUCCUCUUCCUCCUCCUCCUCCUCCUAUUCCUCCGGAGCAUCCUCGCCGCUUAUGCCUCCUAGGUGCCCGCGGAGCUGAUGCCCAUCUCCCCUGGGGAGGCGAUGACCUGACGGAGGAUGUGAUUCCCUUGCCCUGCCUUUCCUUCCUUCUCCAGCUCUCCCCCCUCUCUCUCCUCCCUUGCCCUGCCCUGUUGGGGAGGGGGGAGCCCUCCCCUCCCCCCCAAAAAAAAUCGGAGGGUGGGCGCAGACCAUGGCCUUUGGCUCCCCGCGGCUGCUGUUCUUGCGCACCCUUUGCUCACCUCUGAGGACCAGGGCAGAAGAAGAAGGAGGAGGAGGAGAGGAAGAUGGGACUAAAAUCCAGGAAGGCGGCGGCGGCGGCGGCAGCAGCAGGAGCAUCGCCGCCGCUACCACCUCCAGGGGCUGAUGGUGGUGGCGGCGGCGGACACGUCGGGGAGGAGAAGAAAGUGGGGCUGGCAGCUGGGGACCUGGAGCAGGGCGCGCUGGCUCUGGGCGCCGGGGCGGACAAAGAUGGGACCCUCCUGCUGGAAGGGGCGGGCAAGGAAGACGGCGGCAAGAGGUCCGCGCAAGGGAUUGGGCUGCUGGCCAAGACGCCGCUGAGCCGACCCGUCAAGAGGAACAACGUGAAAUACAGGCGGAUGCAAACUUUGAUCUACGACGCCCUGGAGAGGCCGAGGGGCUGGGCGCUGCUCUAUCACGCCUUCGUGUUUCUGAUAGUCCUGGGUUGCUUGAUUUUAGCUGUUCUGACAACAUUCAAGGAAUACGAAACUGUUUCGGGAAACUGGCUUCUGCUGUUGGAAACCUUUGCCAUUUUCAUCUUUGGAGCCGAGUUUGCCUUAAGGAUCUGGGCUGCCGGCUGCUGCUGUCGGUACAAAGGAUGGCGAGGGAGGUUGAAGUUUGCCCGGAAACCUUUGUGUAUGUUGGAUAUAUUUGUCCUGAUAGCCUCUGUGCCGGUAGUGGCUGUUGGCAACCAGGGCAACGUCCUGGCCACGUCACUGAGAAGCCUCCGUUUCCUUCAGAUCCUGCGAAUGUUGCGGAUGGACAGGAGAGGAGGCACCUGGAAGCUCCUGGGCUCUGCCAUUUGUGCACACAGCAAAGAACUCAUCACUGCCUGGUACAUCGGGUUCCUGACCCUUAUCCUCUCCUCAUUCCUGGUUUACCUGGUGGAGAAAGACGUGCCUGAAAAAAACGAGGAAGGGAAGGAAAAAAGGGAGUUUGAAACCUAUGCCGAUGCCCUUUGGUGGGGACUGAUUACGCUAGCAACCAUCGGCUAUGGCGACAAGACGCCCAAAACAUGGGAGGGACGCCUCAUAGCAGCAACAUUCUCUCUCGUUGGGGUUUCCUUCUUUGCUCUUCCAGCUGGCAUUUUGGGUUCUGGACUCGCUCUGAAAGUGCAGGAGCAACACCGCCAGAAACAUUUUGAGAAAAGAAGAAAGCCCGCAGCGGAACUCAUACAGGCUGCCUGGAGGUACUAUGCUACUAAUCCUAAUAGGAUGGACCUCGUUGCCACUUGGAGGUUUUAUGAAUCAAUUGUAUCAUUCCCGUAUUUCAGGAAAGAGCCAGUGGAUGGGACCAGUAAUGUCAUGUUUAGUAGGGAGGCUUUCUUUGGAUCAAGCGUCACCAGAAAACUUAGCCAAAAGCUGGGUCUCUUGGAUCGGGUUCGUGGUACCAAUACUAAAGGAAAGCUAUUUACCCCUCUGAAUGUAGAUGCAAUUGAAGAAAGUCCUUCUAAAGAACCUAAGACUGUUGCCUUGAAUAAUAGGGAGCGUUUUCGCACUGCAUUCCGAAUGAAAGCUUAUGCAUUCUGGCAAAGCUCCGAAGAUGCUGGAACUGGGGACCCUCUGGCAGAAGACAGAGGGUACAGCAAUGAACUCCUCAUUGAAGACAUGAUCCCCACACUGAAAGUGGUCAUCCGAGCUGUCAGAAUACUACAGUUCCGCCUCUAUAAGAAGCGAUUCAAGGAGACCUUGAGGCCUUACGAUGUAAAGGAUGUGAUAGAGCAAUAUUCAGCAGGACACCUUGACAUGCUUACCAGGAUCAAAUACCUUCAAGCGAGAAUAGAUAUGAUUUUUGCACCCGGGCCUCCGUCCACUCCCAAGCAUAAGAAAUCCCAGAAGGGAGGAGCCUUUCCUUACCCUCCGCAGCAGUCUCCAAGGAAUGAUCCGUAUGUAGCCAAAGCAUCGACAGUAGAUCCUGAAGACCAAAGUAUGAUGGGCAAAUUUGUCAGAGUUGAAAGACAGGUCCAUGACAUGGGGAAGAAAUUGGAUUUUUUGGUCGAUAUGCACAUGCAGCAUAUGGAGCAUCUCCAAGUCCAAGUGUGCCCUUCAAAAGAAACUGUGUCCCCAGCGGAGGAUAACAGAUAUUCUGAACUGAAGUCCAUCAUUUACAAAUAUUCUGAGCCUUCUAUUCAUGAAAUGCCUCCGAGUUUCCACCAUGUACCGGUGAACAAAGUCCCCCCUUUUGGCUUCUCGACGCAGGGCUGCGAUGUUGGCCCGCUCUCGUUGCCGUUGGGCGGUCAGAACUCCGGUAGGUGGCAGGCCAUGCCGUUCUCAACUUCGUACGCUGAAAGGCCGACGGUUUUGCCUAUACUCACGUUCAUUGACCCCCACGUUUCCUACCGUUCCCCACCAGGAGACCUCCAGAGCCCCCACUCAGACAGAAUCUCUUCCAGGCAGAAACACAGCCUGACGAGAGACAGCGACACUCCUUUAUCCCUCCUCUCCGUCAACCACGAGGAACUUGAACGAUCGCCAAGUGGAUUCAGCAUCUCCCAAGACAAGGACGACUUCCUUUUCGGGUCGAACGGGGGCUCAAGCUGGAUGAAAGAGAAGCGCUACUUGGCCGAGGGCGAAACGGACACGGAUACCGACCCUUUUACCCCAAGUGGUUCUAUGCCCCUUUCUUCGACAGGGGAGGGCUUCUCUGAUUCAGUAUGGACUCCGAGCAAGCCAGUUUAAAAAUUAUCCAGUGGGGGUGGGUUGGGUUGG